UGUUUUUAACUGUAAGCCUGAGUUGCAACAGUGCAGAGGUUGGAGGGAGCGGGAAAAAUGGCGAUUUCCAUUAUCAGGCCUUCUGUCUCUCGUCCUCAACACUUUCUCUAUUCAACUAAUAAUUCCCAAAAUUUCAGCUCAAUUUCCCUCAGAAAGAAGCAGAGCUUUCUUCGUUGUGCUUCAUCUGAUUCUGCUCCCACUCGGAAGGAGGUGUCUUUAUGUGUUGGAACUUACCAAAUUCCACAUCCCAACAAGGUUGAGAAAGGUGGAGAAGACGCAUUCUUUGUUAGCAGUGAUAAUGGGGGAGUGAUUGCUGUUGCUGAUGGUGUUUCUGGUUGGGCUGAAAAGAAUGUGGAUCCUGCAUUGUUCUCCAGGGAAUUGAUGGCUAAUGUUUCUUCUUUGGUGGGGAAUGAGGAGGAGGUCAAGUAUGAUCCGCUGAUUCUCAUAAAGGGAGCACAUGCUGCUACAUCAUCUAUUGGUUCAGCUACAGCAAUUGUUGCUAUGUUCGAGAAUGGGAUUCUGAAGAUAGCCAGUGUUGGAGAUUGUGGACUACGGAUUGUUCGUAAAGGUCAGAUGAUUUUCUCUACUUUCCCACAAGAACAUUAUUUUGACUGCCCAUACCAGUUGAGCUCAGAGGCUGUUACUCAAACUUACCUUGAUGCCAUAGUUAGCAGUGUGGAUUUGAAAGAGGGAGACACAAUUAUAAUGGGCUCAGAUGGCCUCUUUGAUAAUGUUUUCGAUCAGGAGAUCGUUUCAGUUAUGACCACACAUGAUGAUGUCUCUAAUGCUGCAAAGGCAUUGGCUGAAUUGGCGAAGAACCAUUCUGUGGAUAUCAAAUUUGACUCCCCCUAUUCACUCGAGGCUAGAGCAAGGGGAUUUGAUGUUCCUUGGUGGAAGAAAGUGUUUGGAAUGAAGUUAACAGGAGGAAAGCUCGAUGAUAUUACCGUCAUUGUUGGAAAGGUGAAAAGCUCGUGAGCAAGCUGGCCUAGACAUCACCGAUAUUCAUUUAUUUAUUUUUAAAAAAAGAGAAGCUCGUGGACAAGUCAUAUCUCUGGUGCUAUUGGGGCAAUUGGAUGGUGUUCUGGAGUACGAGCCAAAAGAUGAGGUAAGAAGAGAACAGCUUCAAACAACUCUCAGCGAUUGUUUCUGUAUUGUGUUAUUUCAAGUUGUCUGUCGUAAGACAAUAUGUUGGCACUAAAAAUCUGUAUAACAUUUGAGACGACUUAAAAUUCUUCAUUGUUCAAAUGUACAACCAUGAAAAGCUUGCUAACUUGUUUAACA